GUCCCGUUAGCGCGCGGCCGCCGGAGCAUCACAACACUGUCCUGCUUUGUCCCCGGGACGGAACCUAGGGACGGAACGUGUCCUCCUCGUCUCAUGAAGCGUGUCUGAAACCAGGCAAUGUCCACCAUGGUGUAUCCACGAGAAGAAGCCCUGGAGCGCCUGAGCCAGGAUGAGAUCGUCCUGAACACCAAGGCCGUGAUGCAGGGCCUGGAGACCCUGAGGGGGGAGCACGCCCAGCUGCUCAACUCACUGCUGGACUGCACCACCCCCCCCGUGGCCCAGGAGAAGUCCGGCCUGCUCCGCAAGAGCCUGGAGGCCAUCGAGCUCGGCCUGGGAGAAGCUCAGGUGAUCGUGGCCCUGUCCAGCCACCUGAGCGCCGUGGAGUCGGAGAAGCAGAAGCUGCGCGCCCAGGUGCGGCGGCUCUGCCAGGAGAACCAGUGGCUGAGGGACGAACUGGCCGGCACCCAGCACAAGCUGCAGCGCAGCGAGCAGAGCGUGGCCCAGCUGGAGGAGGAGAAGAAGCACCUGGAGUUCAUGAACCAGAUCAAGAAGUUCGACGAGGACGUGUCGCCGUCCGAGGAGAAGAGCCAGGGCUCGGGGGGAGGGGGGGGGAGCGGAGGAGGGGACACGUCCAAGGACAGUUUGGACGACUUGUUCCCCAACGACGAUGACCAAGGACCAGCUCAGCCCAGUGGGGAGGUGGCCGCCCAGCAGGGGGGCUACGAGAUCCCAGCGCGCCUCAGGACGCUGCACAACCUGGUGAUCCAGUACGCGUCCCAGGGCCGGUACGAGGUGGCCGUGCCGCUGUGCAAACAGGCCCUGGAGGACCUGGAGAAGACGUCUGGACGGGACCACCCCGACGUGGCCACCAUGCUGAACAUCCUGGCCCUGGUGUACAGAGACCAGAACAAGUACAAGGAGGCGGCUCACCUCCUGAACGACGCCCUGGCCAUCAGGGAGAAGACGCUGGGGAAGGAUCACCCCGCGGUGGCCGCCACGCUCAACAACCUGGCUGUGCUCUACGGGAAGAGGGGCAAGUACAAGGAGGCGGAGCCGCUCUGCAAGAGGGCCCUGGAGAUCCGAGAGAAGGUUCUGGGGAAGUACCACCCGGACGUGGCCAAGCAGCUGAACAACCUGGCUCUGCUGUGUCAGAACCAGAGCAAGUACGACGAGGUGGAGUACUACUACCGACGGGCCCUGGAGAUCUACGAGUCCAAGCUGGGAGCCGACGACCCCAACGUGGCCAAGACCAAGAACAACCUGGCCACGUGCUACCUGAAGCAGGGGAAGUUCAAAGAGGCCGAGGCUCUGUACAAGGAGAUCCUGACCCGGGCUCACGAGAAGGAGUUUGGAUCCGUCAACAAUGACAACAAGCCCAUCUGGAUGCACGCAGAGGAGAGAGAGGAGAGCAAGGGGAAACGCAAGGACUCAGGUCCGUAUGUGGAGUACGGGAGCUGGUACAAGGCCUGCAAGGUGGACAGCCCCACGGUGAACACCACCCUGAAGAGCCUGGGAGCUCUGUACCGCCGCCAGGGGAAGCUGGAAGCAGCAGAGACUCUGGAGGAGGUCGCCAGCAAGUCCCGCAAACAGGGCAUCGACGCCAUUAACCAGAGCAAAGUGGUGGAGCUGCUGAAGGACGGAGGAACCGGGGACCGGCGACUCAGCAGGGAGGGAGUCAGCGGGCCCGGGGGCCGGGGGGGGGAGGGCGAGGGCGAUGACUCUGCCGAGUGGAACGGGGACGGGAACGGCUCUCUGCGCCGCAGCGGCUCCUUCGGGAAGAUCCGUGAAGCCCUGAGGAGGAGCAGUGAGAUGCUGGUGAAGAAGCUGCAGGGCAGCGGCCCCCAGGAGCCUCGGAACCCAGGGAUGAAGAGAGCGAGUUCCCUCAACUUCCUCAACAAGAGCACAGAGGAGACCACACAGGACGCCUCCUCCGGACUGUCGGACUGCAGGGGGCUCAGCGCCAGCAACGUGGACCUGUCCAGACGCAGCUCCCUGAUUGGCUAGGACAGCGGCGGGGGUGGGACGCAGCAGAGCGCCCGGCAGGAGAGGCUGUCUGCAGCUCGGGUCGAUCAAAUCAAACGCACCUAAAGCUUCCAGCCCCUGAACAUCACGAAGACACAACUCUGCUGCGUCACUGUACAAAUCAGAGAAUAUUUAGAUACACAUUUAUGAGCAUGCUGCUUAGUGGCUGCACCUGAACGCUGCGUGUCCUCGGACUCGAGGCGCUGUAGCAAAACAUCGUGUCCACAACGACACGAGUUCGAUUCCUCAUCGACGCGCGUGCAGACAUUUAGCCGUAGCUAGGCUAACAGCUAACCCAGUUUCAGUUGAGUUCAGAUCUGUAUAUUUCACUAGUAGCAUGAAAUAUUCACUGAGGCUACACAUCGGAUACAGCCGGUGAAAAGGUUCGAUUAGAUUUGUUCUGUACGAAAGAGAAAAGAAUGUUCGUUAGAAAACAGCGCUCAUCAUUUAAACCUCACUUUCUGCCUUGUUUUUUUUAUGCAUAUACAGUUUUAAAUUAUUUGAUAUUUUGUUCUUUGUAUAUAGUGCAUCUUUCUUUUUGUUUACACUUUGAGUUAGAGUUUAGAAAAACCCUGAUGUGACGAGGGAAGAGAAGGAGGAGUCAGAGUAGAAUGAAAAGGUUCCAAACUGAUUAAUGUGUUACCUCACUGGAGUCUAAGCUUCUGCUCCAUCGAGGUCUCAGCUGGUGAAGCACUUUGAGCCUCUUACUGUAAACUGAGCAGCCAUCUUGGAACCUCCGGAGCAAACUGGUCCUUUCCACUGGAUCCUCGAGGAGACUGGUCCCGAGCACAUUCAUGCAGUUAGUAAAAUGACAGAGCUCCAAGUCCUUGAGCUCUGAACCAUCUCUGUCCAAAGCUGACAAACCAACAAACUCCAUGUUUAUGACUUAAAGCUCGGGUUGGUGAUCCUGGAAAAACCUUCUCCUUUAAACACGAUGACCAAAAGAAACAUCCAGAAUGAUUUUACUGUAGUUUGCUCACAUUUCCAUAAGAAGCCGAUUCUUUCUUUUCCUAAGUGAGCGAAUCAGCUUCAGGCCGAGCUGCUUCUUCUCGUUAACUCAAAGUUCAUCUGAAUGUAGUUUCAAAGUUUGGUCACUUUUAAGCUCCUAUAAAAACUACCUAUCAUGGACGAGAAGAUGAAUCAAACAUAAUCAUGUCUUCUUCUCCCACUGAUGAACAAGGAGGUGAAUGACAGUUUGUUUACAAUCAUCAGGAUGUUUACUUUCUUCCAUGAGAUUCUUUGUGUUUUCCCCUUUGUUUAUUGUUGUUGUAUAAUUUUCAUUUUGUACAAAACGAUCCUCGGUGUUUCACGUAGACGGGUUAUCGAUGAGAAUCGAACGCUGGUGACCGAGACUUCCUGUUUCCGCUUGUGUUUGAGUCGUGUGCUUUUACUUUGAAGGUCCUGAGAACUGAUCAUGUGAAUGUUAAACUUCAUGUGGGACAGAGACGGUCCAGGGAAUGUACACGUCCUCUGAUCAAUGAAGUGGAGACUCAGCUGUCAUCCUCAAACAAGGAUGUUAACACAAAGUGAACAUCUCCAAAGAGGAGCCGGUGGUUCGAUGCCGGUGUUCAGUCCACGUCGGUGCGUCCACGCCUUCGCCGCGCGCCGCAUCAAACCACAUCGCUCUGUGAAAUCACAUGACUGAUGACAUCACAUAGCUGAGUCUCAUCAAAGUGCACGUUGUCGUAUCAGCCUGUGAUUGUGUAGAUUGUGUGAUGAGGAGCAGUUGUGUUACGGAGGAAAAGUGCUUCAAGUGUCGUUGGCAGCAAAUAAUGUACAGAACUACAUGUGUGUUACUUUUAUAUGUGUGUUCACUGUGCGUCACAUUCACACACGUUAGAGUUGUGGGAAUUUACUUUAAUCACACACACAAACACACAAUCUCUACACCGUGUAAUUGUGUAUUAAAAAAAGUUGGAACACUAAUUUGUAGUUGAAGAUGUCUAAUAAUAAUAAAUCACAGUAAUAAUAUGAAA